GUUUAGUUAGCAGGAAGCAGGCACGUCGUAGGCCGCUGCUCCUACCGCCGCCGUUGGUCGCAUGUGGAGGGACCGUUGCUUCCCUUUUAGCUAACUUACCCGCCGUCCCUUCCCCAUGGUCUUGUCUUUCUCUUUCCGCCUCUCGUUUCGUGCUUUUCCAACCAAACUACAUACACUCGCUAUAAUCGGCCACUGGCCAGUCACUCUUUCAAGCCUUUGAUAUUCAACACACUCUUUAUCUAGACUCAUUAGUCGUUAAUCGUUGUUCUUGUCUUGCUCUUCUUCUUUUUGGUUCCUUCCAAUUUUGGUAAUUAAUUCUUCAGUUGUUAUAUCGAACGAGUCUUUUUUUUCUUCCCACGGACGAAACACCAACGAUCCACCUCGCGACAACUCGAUCUACCCCGGCUCGUUUCGCAUUGAAUUGCUUGGUAUCUGCUUGAUCCCAUUCCUUGGAACAUUGGACGCUUCAAUAAUAUCGUCGCUUUUAUUUUGGUGGUUUUUAUCUUUGCCAUUGUCCGAGUCCCCCGGCCGUGGCCCUCCGACCCACCUCCGGCCCCGACCGAGCUCGACUUCGACAGCCCAAUAUUAUUCAAGAUCGAGAUCUUGAACUGAAUUGCCUUGCCUUGCAUUGCCAAUUUCGAGGGCAAUCGUUUUUGAAAGUUAUUCUUGGUCUCCUGAUGUCCUGGAAAUCACAAUCAUUAUCGCCUCGUGCAUAGAGCAUGUCGGUCUCACCGUCGAGCUCUCUGCCGCGCAAGGCAUUACAUGAGCGUAGUAACUCUCAGAAUAACUCUCAGAACAACCGUCUCGGAAUCCGGGUCGUCCCUUACAGCCCUCCACGGGUUGCCUCAGAUGGUGCCGUCACAUCAAAGACAAUUACUUACGCUGAUGCGAGUACCGAGACCGAUUCAGAGCUUGCUCAGAUACAUGGCUCCCCGACACAUUCCUCCGACUCUCAGUUUGAAACGCCAUCACCAUCCCUGCAGCGGGCCCGGACUCGAAGUACAGUGCUUUCUCCAUCGCCAUUAAAGCGCCCUACUCGAUAUCCAUCCUCCGAAUUUGGCCAGAACCCUGCACCUUGGUUGCCCCAUUAUGAUACCGAUGCUGAUGAUCAUACUUCUUAUGCUUCACGCCCACCCUCCCGGGAACCCUCAACUUCACCAAGACCUCCUUCUCGCAAAAGGGUCAUUAAUGUUCACGCCGAUAAGACCUUCUCCAUACUUCCUCAAGAUGCUUCUAUGUCGUCAAGGGUUGAAUCUCUCUGGUCUCUGCCCCCAUCCUUCACCACUGGUAACACAUCUUAUGGUCGAGGAUCAAUGGGUACAUACAGUGAUGAUCGCCAGAGCCGUCCAGCUUCGCCUAUGACUCCUCUCACGGAACGAAACGCCAGUUCUCCAGUUAUUUCACCUCGGCCUCGAGAUCCGUCCACCCCGGACAACUCAAACUCAUCUCCAUGGAACUAUCGUUUAUUUGGGGGCCUCCGUAAAGUACCUAAAACACCUGACGUGAAGCAAAAACAGCCGCAGACUCAAGACGCUCCACCCGAGUUGCCUCUGCCCACGCUGCCAGAGGUUGAUCUGCCCGAUCAUGAGGCUGGUCCUUCUUCUCAGUGGCUCACUCAAAAGACAUCCUUUCGAUCUUCAUUAUCCGAACAAACCAGAUCAACCUUCUCUGAGAGAACGAAUGUCAAAACAUAUGGAUUCAGCUCUCCCAUGAAUGUAGCAGACCUAAAUAGUCUGCCACCCUCAUCGAUCCAUUCCAAUAUUGAGCUACUCGGGGAUCCUUCCUCAGCUGAGGCUUCUUUACAUAUCAGCACUCGUCCACAAACCGAGGACAGCAACGUCAACGUCGUAACAUAUGGUGGCCACUCCGCUUCUUCCUCUGUUGUCGCCGUUAGGAACCGCGUGAGACCCGAAUUUUCGCAAGAAAGCCUGAUUGUUCCUCCAUUGCAGCCAAGGAAAAGGAGAUCCUCAGACAGCUUUGCUCUCGCCAAAACCCGCUCUCGCGAAACUUUGCGAUCCCGAUCUGCGUCAAUUACAUCGCUAUCGACCAUCUUCACCCAAGAGGCUACUCGGGCCCUUUUUGUUGGACCCCCGACAAUUUUACAACACGCUGGUCCAUCUUGGCCAGACCUUCAGAACCGACCUCAAGCGCGCCCCCACCAAUGGAGUGGUCAGUUGUCAACAGUGAUGUCAGAAAGCGAAGGAGGCAGUGAGCCUGCGUCUCGAGCCCUCUCACUCUCUUCCGUUCCAGGUCGACGUGGUAGUGGGGUUGGAAGCAGUCACAGCAAGCAUGUGCUAAGUAUGGCUUCCUCACUUUUCGGUCUUGAGGAGCAUGUCGAAACCCCAUCCCACUCAAGAAGCAAUUCACUGGAAGUUCCUGCGGCGACCUUUGCGCGAAGCAUGCCUCGCGAUCCAGCAACCGGUACUAUUCGCCUAGUUCGCGACCACGAUGAGGAUGGCGAUGGUCUGGCUGAUUUGGAAGUCUACCAUCAUCCCUCGUCUCGGUCGCGAAUGGGGAGGUUCUUGUCAAGUUAUUCUUCUGAUCGUAGUCUGCGGUCGACUGCCAGCUUCAAUGCUGCUGUUCCUGCCUGGGCUAGAGUCUACUAUGGCAGUGGCGAGCGCAAGUGGCUGGCUGCCCAACCCUCCAUGGAGUCCAUGUACUCUGAAUACAGCCAAAGUCAGCCUCCCGAUGGUCAGCUUAGCCGAUCGCCAAGCCAGGAUGCUAAUGCUCCCAACAUUCGCAACCCUCGACGCCGGCCUCGUGAAGCCUUACCUCACCAGCAUUCAAACACAGGCUCCAUGGACAUCAGCGCAGCUCCAGCUCACCCCGUCCUUGCUGUCGUGCGUAACAUCAAGAAGCAAACCUCUAGCAUCUGGUCACCUCAUCUGGCUCAAGACCGACGACCUGUCUCGCAAAGCAUCUGGCAACCUCCCGCCUUGCAAUGGGAAGCACGCAGCGAACUGACUGGCCGACGCAACGCUCAGGUCACUAUGUUUGUAGUGGGAUUUGUUUUCCCAUUAGCCUGGAUGUUUGCCGCACUCAUUCCUAUUCAACGGAAUAAUCAGGCAGAAGACAUUGAGCGGAACAACAGUACAUCUGAGCUGGGCAAACGCAACGAAGUCUCAGCUCGGGCAAGCGGCGAAGAGGAUGCCGUUUUCACAAGUGCAAUCUGGUGGAGGAAGGUCAACCGAGGAAUGUCCCUCAUCGGUUUACUCAUCCUCGGUGCCAUCAUCGCGCUCAUCGUGGUUGGCGUUAAACAACGUUGGGGACAUUAGUACCACCUACCAAAAAACAUGAUGAUGACCAGGAUCAGAGGACAGCCCUGAUCCCGAAACCUAUUAUGGAACUUCACGGCAUCUCAACAAUUUACGACACAUGACGAAUUCUUUCCAUUUUUGCUCGAACCAAUUUGAACUUUGCAAAACUCACGAUCUUUAUGCACCUUGUCAAAAAGACCUUCAACGACCAACGAUUUCUUCUUUCUGAGCGUACCUUUUUCAACGAGACACGAAGUUUUGCCUUUACACUUUUCUGUCUCAAUAUUUCGACGACGUACGACUUCUUUUUCCCUCCGGGGCUUUUCAUGCAACUAUACGCUCUACUGUUCUCUCGAACGUCUUGCAAGUUUGUCCUGAAAGCUUGUAAUGGAACUUUGUAUAAUCAGGAAUUGUGGAUGAUAUAUACACUUGUACAACUAUGUUUGGAUUUGGCAGCAAUGCUGAGACGAGAAAAAAAGGCCGUCAGCAUAGACACUCACUUCACGAUACCAUGUAAUUAAUCAGCUUUAGGGACAUAAACUGGACCUGCAAACCACUACAGAUUAUCCCAGGUAUAGAUAGAUUAAUGAACUGAUGUAUAAUCUGCUAAA